AUGAAUAUCUUCAUCAACUCUGCUGACAAUGUCGCAGCUCCUCGUCCGUGGUCGUCGCAGGUGCCUGACGACAACUUGAGCGACUUUGGAGGCGAUUCCGACUCGACUGUGCGUCAUCGAUUAGAGCAACAUCACAACUCUUCCAGUACACCUUCUGCUCACUCGUUGUCGCCGCAGCCCACUUUGACUCGCCGCAACAUUCCGCCGCCUUCGCCUCUGACAUCUUCCCCCGAUCUCUACGGUCCUGACCGGAGCCACAUCUUCACGCGCCUUCUCUCACGUCGUGCGACCCAGCCGGAGAGAACAUCGCCGGGAGUAAGAUUUGACCAGACACAGCUGCCCAUGUUUGCCGCCGUGGGAGGGCCAGUGCCUAUGUCUGGGCUCAAGGACGAACUGGCCCUCGCUGCUGGUAAAGUGACGCCUGGUGUGGAUGACGCGCCGUACAUUCAGUACGCCUUGUCGGCUUUGACCCGGGAUCGCAGCUAUGACGCCAAAACACAGCCUCACUAUUCACCACGGACUGCAUCAGAGUAUUUUACUCAUCUUCGACGCACCAACACCGUUGGCGAAGUUUCAUCUCGCCGCUUGCCCGCCGUUUCUGUUCCAGAGCCAGCUUACACGCAGCACGAUGCUCCUGUGCGACCAACUUCUGCACGCUUGGGGGCUCACUCGCCCUUUCCAGCUCCAAUUCAUGCUCCAGUACCUGGAGCGCGCGAUUCUCCCGCUUUGUCUAUCCCUAUCGGAGACGCCUGGGACAUCAAGGACCCCUCAAGCGCACACUGGGUUGCCGUCACCGAGAAUAUGCGGCAAAGCCUCGACCCUCAUGGACGAACUUACCCACCCCUAACUUACAAGCCGUCGAUCCUGCGGCCAUUUUCGAUGAUGAUCUUAAUGGCCUUGUGCUUGGGCAUGACGGCAGUAUUGAUAUUUUGUGUACAAUACUCUACUCACCACCAUGGGCUGACGCCGUACCCUGGAAGUAUAUAUACGGCGCAGUUUUUUCUCUUUCGAAUCCUCCCUCAGCUUCUUGGAGCUGUUAUUCUCAUUUACGCCCAGAGCAUUGUCAAUACCUCUAUGCGUAUUCUCCCGUUCGCGUCGCUCGCCAGCGAGGAUCCGCAGCAACGAUACUUGGCGCUGUUCACUAAUCUGUACCCCAAGUCGUUGCUUUACCCCCAGCUUGUCGGACCUUGGCAAAUCAUGUUGUUUGACUUGGCAACGUGGCUCGCGCUGUUUAGCGUACCGCUGCUGAGCGCAUCUUUUACUUGCAUUCACAAGAGUAUUGGUUGGGUUUGGGCUCCAGUGCCUGUCGUGGUCUGGAUACUCGUCGCGCUCUACGCUCUCAUGAUUUUGUCCACUGCAAUCGUCAUGGUAUUCUGGUUUGGCAAGUGGACCGGGCUUUCUUGGGACGUUCGAUCCGUUGGAGAUCUUUUGCCCCUUCUCAACCGCAGCAAUGCCAUUUCCAGCUUUGACCCACACAAUCUGUCUGGCUCACGCCACGACUUCCAGACAGACCUUCGUGAUCGAUGGUUUGACAGACUAGGAUACUGGAGAUCGGGUGACAUGAUCACUGGCGGCGUGUGGUACUCAAUCGGCGCUGUAGGCGCCAGAGGAAACGAUGCCAAAGUGCUCGCAGGGAUACGCCAAGAGAGCGACCCCAAAACAUCCAUGGACUCUGAUUCCACUGCUGCGCCCGGAAACUGGCGUCGUGUACAUGAGCGCUACCUCCCCAUGUGCAUCCAGUCUCUGCCGCUCAUAAUGUACACUGUUCUGUGUACGCUUCUCGUGGUUGCUCUGCUGCUUGUAUCGUUUCUCCCGCAAACGCGAAUCGACAAUGGCUUCCGUCCCCUCUUGGCUGCGAGACCGGGAAACAAUGCCUUUUCCGCGGCCAACUUUUUGUACGCCUUUAUCCCGUCGGUGAUGGGCAUGCUAGUAUGGAUGCUCUUUCAGUCAAUCGACAUGGCGUUGAGACGGCUUCAGCCGUGGGCAGACCUGUGCCAGCUGGACGGCGCGACCGCGUCAAGGUCCAUCCUGGCCGACUACGCCGCCUGUCUCCCCCUACAAGUAACAUGGAAGGCGGCCCGCAACGGCCACUGGCGGGUUGCGCUGCUGUCCCUCAUGGCGCAAGCUUUUGUCGCCAUCCCCGUGCUGGGCGGCGGGCUCUUCAUGGCGCUGUCACGGGAGGAUGGACAAGUUAGGAUGUAUCCCAGCAUGCCAGUCUUUGGCGUGCUGGUCGCAUUCCUCCUCUUAUACGUGGGGUGCUUGUCUCUAGCCGUACCCCGCCGCGCCCAAUUUGAGCUGCCCCGCCCGGUGACGUCGAUUGCUGCCAUCAUGAGCUUGUGCUCCGCCCGUGAGCUCACCCAGGACAGUGCCUUUCGCUCCGUGCGGUCGCGCCAGGAUCUCGAAGGACGUCUUGGUGUCGGUCGCGAUCCGCGCGAGGAGACGGUGUGGUUUUACGGCGUGGUUGCAGGCCGCGACGAGCAUCGUGUGAGUGUUCGGCGCAUGCAGCGCUACACAGAGAAGCGGAGGGUGCGAACUGUUGAAGCCAUGGUGUGA